CGCGGGCCCGCCACGCCCCGCCUUCGCCGCCGCCGCCGGGGAGCAGCUGCCGCCACAGGUACUGCCGAUGGUGCCCGUUGUCAGCACUGUUCAGCGUGUGCCAGGCUGAUCCAUGCUCACUUUCCGCGAUGGCAGCAAGGUGACUGCAGCUGAGGAUGACCCUGACUGACAGGCUGCGUGAGAAGAUAUCUCAGGCCUUCUACAACCAUGGGCUGCUCUGUGCAUCCUACCCCAUUCCCAUCAUUCUCUUCACGGGGCUCUGCAUCUUAGCCUGCUGCUACCCGCUGCUGAAACUCCCCUUGCCGGGAACAGGACCUGUGGAGUUCACCACUCCUGUGAAGGACUACUCGCCGCCGCCUGUGGCCUCUGCCCACAGACCAGGAGAGCCUAGUGAGCAGCCGGAGUGGUACGUGGGCGCCCCAGUGGCUUACAUCCAGCAGAUAUUUGUGAAGUCCUCAGUGUCUCCCUGGCACAAGAACCUCCUGGCAGUUGAUGUAUUCCGCUCCCCGCUCUCCCGGGCCUUCCAGCUGGUGGAGGAGAUCCGGAACCACGUGCUGAGAGACAGCUCUGGGACCAGGAGCCUGGAGGAGGUGUGCCUGCAAGUGACCGACCUGCUGCCAGGCCUCAGGAAGCUCCGAAACCUGCUUCCUGAACAUGGGUGCCUGCUGCUGUCCCCUGCCAACUUCUGGCAAAAUGACCGGGAACACUUCCAUGCCGAUCCUGACAUCAUCGGGACCAUACACCAACAUGAGCCCAAAACCUUGCAGACCUCAGCCACGCUCAAAGAUCUGCUGUUUGGUGUCCCCGGGAAGUACAGUGGGAUGAGCCUGUACACAAGGAGGAGGAUGGCCUCCUACACCAUCACCCUGGUCUUCCAGCGCUACCAUGCCAAGUUCCUGGGCAGCCUGCGGGCCCGCCUGACGCUCCUGCACCCCAGCCCCAACUGCAGCCUGCGGGCGGAGAACCUGGUCCAUGUGCACUUCAAGGAGGAGAUCGGUGUCGCUGAGCUCAUCCCCCUCGUGACCACCUACAUCAUCUUGUUUGCCUACAUCUACUUCUCCACGCGCAAGAUCGACAUGGUCAAGUCCAAGUGGGGGCUGGCUCUGGCCGCCGUGGUCACGGUGCUCAGCUCGCUGCUCAUGUCUGUGGGGCUCUGCACACUCUUCGGCCUGACACCCACCCUCAACGGCGGUGAGAUUUUCCCCUACCUUGUGGUGGUUAUUGGGUUAGAGAAUGUGCUGGUGCUCACCAAGUCGGUGGUCUCGACACCUGUGGACCUCGAGGUGAAGCUGCGCAUUGCCCAAGGCCUAAGCUGUGAGAGCUGGUCCAUCAUGAAGAACGUGGCCACAGAGCUUGGGAUCAUCCUCAUUGGCUACUUCACCCUUGUGCCCGCCAUCCAGGAGUUCUGUCUCUUUGCCGUCGUGGGUCUGGUGUCUGACUUCUUCCUUCAGAUGCUGUUUUUUACCACCGUCCUGUCCAUUGACAUUCGCAGAAUGGAGCUGGCGGACCUGAACAAGCGGCUGCCCCCUGAAGCCUGCCUGCCUCCCGCUAAGCCCGUGGGGCGCCCAGCACGCUUCGAGCGGCAGCUGGCCGUGCGGCCAUCCACACCCCACACCGUCACGCUGCAGCCGUCCUCUUUCCGAAACUUGCGGCUCCCCAAGAGGCUUCGUGUCGUCUACUUCCUGGCCCGUACGCGCCUGGCACAGCGCCUCAUCAUGGCCGGCACCGUUGUCUGGAUUGGCAUCCUGGUGUACACAGAUCCAGCAGGGCUGCGCGUCUACCUCACUGCCCAGGUGACGGAACAGAGCCCACUGGGCGAGGGUGCCCUGACUCCCAUGCCUGUGCCUGGUGGCAUGCUGCCCGCCAGCCAUCCAGACCCCGCCUUCUCCAUCUUCCCACCUGAUGCCCCUAAGUUCCCCGAGAACCAUACAUUGGCAGGGGAGAUGCCUGAGCCUGGUGGUCCAGUAGAGGGUGGUCAUGACAGCCCUGUCCCAGAGGUAACCUGGGGGCCUGAGGAUGAGGAACUUUGGAGGAAAUUGUCCUUCCGCCACUGGCCAACGCUCUUCAGCUACUACAACAUCACACUGGCCAAGAGGUACAUCAGCCUGCUGCCUGUCAUCCCAGUUACACUCCACCUGAACCCAAGGGAGGCCCUGGAAGGACGGCACCCUCAGGACGGCCGAAGUGCCUGGCCUCCGCCACAGACCAGGCCUGGUGGACUCUGGGAGGCCAUCCCCAAGGGGCCAGGUGUGGCACAGGCCCAUGGAGACGUCACCCUGUACAAGGUGGCGGCGCUCGGCCUGGCCUCCGGCAUUGUGCUCGUGCUGCUGCUGCUCUGCCUGUACCGCGUGCUCUGUCCACGCAACUACGGGCAGCCAGGAGGUGGGCCUGGCCGGCGGCGCCGCGGAGAUUUGCCUUGUGAUGACUACGGCUACACGCCACCAGAGACGGAGAUUGUGCCCUUGGUGCUGCGUGGGCACCUCAUGGAUAUUGAGUGUCUGGCCAGCGACGGUAUGCUGCUGGUGAGCUGUUGCCUGGCAGGCCACGUGUGCGUGUGGGAUGCACAGACUGGGGACUGCCUCACACGCAUCCCACGCCCCAGGCAGCGCAGAGACAGUGGCAGCAGCAGUGUGUUUGAGGCUCAGGAGAACUGGGAACAGUUGUCGGAUGGCGGUAAGAGCAGCCCAGAGGAGCCUGGGGACAGCCCUCCGCUGCGGCACUGUCCCCAGGGCCCUCCGCCAUCUUCCCUCUUCGGGGACCAGCCGGACCUCACCUGCUUGAUUGACACCAACUUCUCUGUUCGGCCAUGGCUCUCAGAGCCCACUCAGCCUGAGCCCCGGCACCGGGCGGGCUGUGGCCGCACUCGGGACAACCCUGGCUAUGAUUUCAGCCGCCUGGUGCAACGAGUGUACCAGCAGGAGGGGCUGGCUCCUGUCCACUCGCCCACCCUGCGCCCACCCUCUCCUGGGCCUGCACUACCCCAGGCCCCUGAGGACGAGGGGAGCUAUCCUCCUGAGAAGGGCUCCCUGGCCCUUGCCUGGGCCCCCAGCGCAGACGGUUCCAUCUGGAGCCUGGAGCUGCAGGGCAACCUCAUCGUGGUGGGCCGGAGCAGUGGCCGGCUGGAGGUGUGGGAUGCCAUCGAAGGCACUCUGCGCUGCAGCAGUGAGGAGGUCUGCUCCGGAAUCACGGCCCUCGUCUUCCUGGACAAAAGGAUUGUGGCUGCUCGGCUCAAUGGUUCCCUUGAUUUCUUCUCCCUGGAGACCCACACUGCCUUCAGCCCCCUGCAGUUCCGAGGGCAGGGCAGUUCGUCCACAUCCCCCGUGUACAGCAGCAGUGACAGGGUGGCCUGUCGCCUAACCCACACGGUGCCCUGUGCACACCAGAAACCCAUUACAGCCCUGAAGGCUGCUGCUGGACGCCUCGUGACUGGGAGCCAAGACCAUACACUGAGGGUGUUCCGUCUAGAGGACUCGUGUUGCCUCUUCACCCUGCAGGGCCACUCAGGGGCCAUCACAACUGUGUACAUUGACCAGACCAUGGUGUUGGCCAGUGGAGGACAAGACGGGGCCAUCUGCCUGUGGGAUGUGCUAACAGGCAGCCGGGUCAGCCACAUGUUUGCUCACCGUGGGGAUGUCACCUCCCUCACCUGUACCACCUCCUGCGUCAUCAGCAGUGGUCUGGAUGACCUUAUUAGCAUCUGGGACCGCAGCACAGGCAUCAAGCUCUACUCCAUUCAGCAGGACCUGGGCUGUGGUGCAAGCUUGGGUGUCAUCUCAGACAACCUGCUGGUGACUGGUGGCCAGGGCUGUGUCUCCUUUUGGGACCUAAACUACGGGGACCUGUUACAGACAGUCUACCUGGGUAAGAACAGUGAGGGCCAGCCCGCUCGCCAGAUCCUGGUGCUGGACAACGCCGCCAUCGUCUGCAACUUUGGCAGCGAGCUCAGCCUGGUGUACGUGCCCUCCGUGCUGGAGAAGCUGGACUGAGGGCGGGCUUGGGUGCUCUGUGGAGCCAAUGCACUGAGACUAGGGGAAGUAGCUGCAUCUUCUGGAAGCUGCCUCAAGAC